CGCUCGCGCGCAUAAUCGUUGUAUAUUCGAGAAUCGACUUAAUUCUUAGUGGAAAAUGGCGGAUACCGUGAAGGGUGGAAAUAUUGGUCGAUCGGAGCACGAAAAAACGGAGCAUAGUUUGACAGUUACCAAACAAAACGAAUCGAAAGGAUCGAUUUUGGAAUGAACGGCAUUCUCGGAAAAAGCAAACCCGAUCGUCUGAAUAUAGACGAGUCCGAGGAGCAAAGGAGCAAAGGAGCAACGGAAGAUCUCGCAAAUGGAUAUCUGAUACGAAACGCGUUGGCAGUGAAGAGGACGCGCGACUUGGAUCGAUGAAAACGUUGGAAUAGUUGGCCGUUUUUCGAAGGAAAACAGAAACGAGAAGAAGAACGAAAGCGUCGCGGAGGGAGGCUGAAUAACCGGCAAGCAUCGUCCAAGCUUCUGUUUUCUUUCUACGUGACUUACGCGUACGCGUGUGUUCUCCUUUCUACCCUGUACGAACGUUAUAUUUUUAAUACGUGUAUGUGCUCCUGCGUGUGGAUGCGCGCGCGCGCGCGUGCGUGAGCGAUGUUGGACGAUGUCAGAAGUUCGUCGUACGAAUGGAAGCGUCAGCUUUAUUCGAUAAGGAUGGGAUCGGUGGUGAUUGACCGACGGUCAUUGCUUUAACGCUACGUUACUUUAUGCGAAUGUACUUGGGCGCAUACGCGAUACGCGACGCGCAUACCUAUACGUAACCUAUGCGUACACGUAUACGUAUAGACGUGUAUGCAUUCUCGCGUACGUACACGUAGAUGCGUAGGUGUUUAAUGCGCGUGGGUGGGUAUCGGGUAUGACGCGUUUGUAGGUGUGGGUGUUUGUUCCUCGUACGUACGUACGUACAUACGUACGCGUAUUUUGUGGUAACGUGUAAUGGCAUGGAAAUGAGGCGCGCGCGAGUGUCAUCCCGAAGAAAGAUACGCCUCUCGCCUGGAAAGCUGUUCCGUGCUCCAAAACCGAAAGGAGAUUCUUCUCGCGAGUGGUGCUCGUGCUCGUGCUCGUUCUCGUGCUCGUGCUCGUGCUCGUGCUCGCGCUCGUUCUUACCGAUUUAACCUCGUCUACGUCGAGCGCGUGCGUUUCUCGUGUAUCUUUCAUUUUCUUUAUCCAUAUUUGGCCCAUCGGUUUUAAUUGUUCCGUAAUUUGAACGGUACGCUUUAACGCACCGACCUCGGACGCGCCGACGAUCGAACAACCUCUCCGAUGAUUCGCGAGUGACAUCAACAAACUACUAGCAUCUUUCGGUAUCGGGAAGAAAAAUGCGCAACGGGUGGCUAAGGAACUUGUUCGCGACAGCAGUUCUCGCCCUCAUGGUUCACGGGCAGUUGAGAUCACCGCGUAUAACGGAACAUCCUUCGGACAUUAUCGUAGCGAAGAACGAACCGGUAACGCUGAAUUGCAAGGCAGAGGGUAAACCUCCACCGGUGAUCGAGUGGUACAAGGACGGUGAGCUGGUACAAACGUCACCGGGAGAUGCGAAAUCUCAUCGCGUUCUGCUGCCUACGGGAUCCCUUUUCUUCUUAAGGGUAAUGCACGGGAAAAAGGAGCAAGAUGGCGGAGUUUACUGGUGCGUCGCAAGAAACGAAGCUGGCUCCGUUCCGAGUCGAAACGCUACCCUGACCGUCGCAGUGUUGAGAGACGAAUUCCGCGCGGAACCGCAAAACACUAGAGUGGCGGCCGGAGAAACCGCUUUGCUAGAGUGUGGACCACCCCGAGGGCAUCCGGAACCAACGUUGCACUGGAAGAAGAACGGUCACGUGAUAGACUUGGACACUACUAAACGCAUCACUUUGGUGGACGGAGGAAAUUUAAUGAUCUCGGACGUGAGGCAAACGGACCAAGGAAAGUAUCAAUGCGUGGCCGAGAACAUGGUGGGCGUGAAAGAAUCGACGAUAGCCACGUUGACGGUUCACGUGAAGCCAUUCUUCUCGUCGACACCGACGAAUCAAACGAUCCUGGCGGAUCAAACGGCUGAAUUUGCCUGCCGAGUAGGCGGAGAUCCUCCGCCCGAAAUUCUUUGGCGUCGAAACGACGGGAAAAUGCCUAUCGGCCGAGCGCAUAUUCUCGACGACAAGAGUUUGCGAAUCGACAGGGUCACACCGCAAGAUCAAGGAACGUACAUCUGCGACGCCGAAAAUGGUGUCGGUGCGAUAUCGGCUAGCGCGACCCUUACAGUAUACUCGAGACCAGUAUUCUCCAGUUUCCCGAAAGACGAAAUCGUCAGCGUCGGAUCUAACGUUUCGUUCUCGUGCGCGGCACGCGGUGCUCCAGAGCCUUCAAUAUUUUGGACCCGCGAAGGUUCUCAGGAACUGAUGUUCCCUGGGAACCAAUAUCAGGGACGUUACGAAGUCGCGAACGAUGGAAGUUUGCGUAUACGCGGAGUCCUUGGAAAAGACGAAGGUCACUAUGUUUGCAGCGCGAUCAGUCAAGCCGGUGCGAGUACCGCAACGGUUUUUCUUCAGGUGACGUCCGUCGAGGAAGCUCCGCCGCCUAUAAUCGAGAUCGGUGCAUCGAAUCGGACGGUACCGCCAAACGGUGAAAUUUCGAUGCCGUGCCGUGCAUUCGGUAGACCUAAUCCACGGAUUCGAUGGUACAAGGACGGUGAACUGCUUCGAACCGAUACCGACGAUAGGCUAACGUUAACGAGUAACGGAACCCUUACGAUAAAGAACCUACGAUCGAGCGACACUGGAACGUACAGUUGCGUGGCAUCCUCCGAGUCUGGGAACGCGUCGUGGACGGCCAGUUUAACGGUUAGCACGGCAGUAAGCGAUCAGGAAACGACGGGUGUCGUCGGCACCGGCGUUGAUGCGGUUUUACCGGAUCCUUCUACGCUUCCCGCCGCCCCGAGCAAGCCGAGAAUAGUGAACACCACUAGCAACGCGGUUACGCUUACCUGGAGUCCAGGUCACGACGGAUCCAGCAAGAUAAUCGACUAUACCGUCGAAUAUUUCGCUACCAAUCCAAAGACUGGCUGGAUCGUGGCCGCGACAGGGAUCACCGACGAUAUCUACACGGUAACCAAUUUGAAACCCGAUAGCAGCUACGUGUUUCUCGUUCGUGCUCGAAACGACCAAGGUCUUUCGCUCCCUGGUCCAUUAUCGGACGUUGCGCGUACCACCAAUCUCGAUCAACGCGCGAUCCCGCAAACCGAACUAAUUCGUGCGAGGGAUCGAUUGAAUAGCGAUAUUCUUUAUUUGAAAGAGGUUCAACCGUUGAGCAGUACCAGCGUUAAAAUCAUUUGGGACAUUCUCGGGGCUGCCGACUUGGUCGAAGGUUUGUACAUAAGAUACCGGCAACUUUCCGAGAAACCAGAAUAUCGAAUGGUCACCGUAUUGAAUGCCGGCGCAACCAGCUACGUUUUAACUAACCUGAGCAAGUACACGCGUUACGAGUUUUUUCUAGUUCCUUUUUACAAAACCAUCGAAGGUAGACCGAGUAACGUGAAAUUAGCAACUACCUUGGAGGAUGUUCCUUCCGGUGCGCCCGAAAACGUUCACGUUGGCAUGAUAAAUGUCACGUCGGCGUUCGUUCGUUGGUCUCCACCGCCUAAAAAUACCCAGAACGGUCAAUUGAUAGGAUACAAGAUUCAAAUAAAGAGCAACAGUAGCAAUAAAAUUCUAGGUCAAAUGUUUUUGAACGCGUCGACUACUUCGGCGAUCAUUAACAGCUUGACAACGGGUGGUCUUUACUCGGCGCGCGUUGCCGGCUUAACUCGCGUCGGUCUCGGACCAUUUUCCAAUCCGAUCGUGCUCAAUAUGGAUCCAGGACAAUUGACGCAACUGCCACCGCGUACAGAUCCGAGUCACAGAAGCGCUUCCGUCGUCAACGAAACUUGGUUUUUGAUAUUAAUGAUAACCGUUGUAUUGACGGUAAUCGCCGCGUUAUUGGGAGCUCUGUACGUUCGUCGAAGACAAACGAUGAGCAAACAACUGGGACAUUUGAACGUUCCCGUGGGCACAGCCAACGAUAUUUGUCAACUAAACAAGGAUACUCUCUGGCUAGAACGUGGAUGGAGACCGAGCAAUACCCUCCAACCACCCUCCUCUACCGACAAAGACUGCGAGACAAAACUUCUGAACAAUCAGAAUCAGAUCGGUUUACCACCCGGAAUCGUCGGAAUGACCGGUUCGGAAUACGCCGAAGUUAACUUGACAACAUUUUAUAACGCCAGAAAGCAAUUACAGGCUCCACCGGAGCCGUACGCAACGACCACGCUUUGCAUGCCAACUCGUAGCCCCGACUCGAUAGAAACCACCGGGCGAAAAUCCAAUUCGAGCGAUUCCUGUCUCAAGCCGGACUACUCGAGUCUAGAUUCGAAUUUAGAUCGAAAUAAAUCGACCGUAUCGCCGAGUAGCGACAACGCCAGUAGCGUUUAUAACGGGGACGAUAAUACGGAAACGCAGAGGAGAACUCAUCACUACAGAAUGCCGUUGCCGAACGAAAGUCAACCUUUGAAUUGGUGCGACAUGUUACCACCUCCUCCGGAUCAUCCACCUUCUUUCGAAGGAUCCCUCGGUUCUGCUAGGGCUCAUUCUCAUUCGUUGUCGCUUUCGCAUCAAGCUCAACAUCAAUAUCAAUAUCAUCAUCAUCAUCAUCAAAUGCAUCAGAUGCCGCACCAAUAUCAGCAUCAACAUCAUUACCAGCACCAACAGCAACAGUCGUCGCAACAACAACCGCAUCAGGCCGCAUUUAGUCCGCACCUAGGAAAAAGAAGUAUCGAAAGACAAAACGAUUUAGACCUGAUGACCGGUUCGGGGUUAGCGUUAGGAUUAGGUUUAAGUUUAAAUUCGAAUUCGAAUUCUGGAUCCGGUUCGGGUUCGGGUUCAGGCUCCGGAUCAGGUUCAGGGUCCGGUGGUGGCGGCUGUGGAUCCGGACCCGCGUCGAGGACGUCUCAAAGUCCGCCGAGUCCACCGAUCAGAGUAACAAACGAUUUAGAAAAUUCCGGUGCAAUUUGGAACGGUUCGAGUCAACAGUCACAAUCGUUCGACGGGUCGAUUCAAAGGAGUAACGUUCACCAUCAACAAGGCGGCAGGUACACGAGUUUACCCCCGCAAACGAAUACGUCGGCAUUACCCGUCUUUCCGCAAACUUUCGAUCGUUACGAGUACAAAAGCAACAAUCAAGAACACGAAUACGAGAGCGGUUCUCUGUUGUACGGUCAGCGUAACGGUUCGCCGUUGGACGAUUACGAUUCAGCGUAUAGUCGCGUGAACCGAGCCGAUUCCCGAUCGGAACAGUCGAUCGCCAACGAGGAAAUCUACCGACGAAACGAUCAAGAUCCUUAUCCUACGGAGAACCUUUAUCAGCCGGAAAACGACGAAUGGGAUAGAAAAUCUUGCGAUUCGAACGCUCACUCGGACGUUUGUUGCUCCUGUUCCGAAUCGAGUUGUCUUUACGGAAAUGCUCUGGAAUACGACGAUCAAUUCGUUUCGUCGUCGACGAAUUGUCUUCACGGUAAAACCAUUUCUCGCAGUAGAAGCGGAAGAAGUCCUCGAAGAAGAAACGCCAGAACCUGCUCGCCGUCUUACAGCAGCGGCGAGAGUAACUACUCGUGUAUUCCUUCGAGGCAAUCCGGAAGCGUCAGCUCGCAAGAAAGAUCGAGGCAUAAUCGCGCGAAAGAUAAAGUGCCUAGCUUUUCAAGAAUCGCCAGCCAUCCUCAGCACAGUUCCUCGACUUCGAACACGGUCGGCAGUUCUGGAAGUCAAAGAUACAACAAGCUGAACAACAUUUUCGUAAGCAGCGGUAGCACCGGUGGCAAUUCGAAUGCUCCUGCAGAGUGUAAUCGAUCGGUCGAUCUUCGCGAUGGCUAGUGUUUUCGUUCGCGAAAGCGAAUUAUCGUCGAUAAACAACAAGUGGUGACCUCGAAAAUAUUUUUACUUCGAUCCCAACGAACCAAGAAGUCGUGUGUCGCAGAAAUACCAAGCCAUCUGUGCGAACUAACGGUGUUGUACCCUCGAGGUAUCCGUAAUCGCUUGUAUCUCCUAUAAAUUUCACCGUUCUUUUCACUCCCUUACCGAUCUUUCCUUUCUUCCACUUAUCUUUAACCAAUGUAAUUUCUUUGUUCUAACGCUGCAUCCUUUAGAUACUCUGGAUAAUCGUUUAAAGUCGCUCAGUCUGCGCGAUUCUUCCCGUUAUCGGAUGUUUCGUUGUUUGCUCAAUAGUUCAGCUGCCUCGUCAGUCGAGCAAAUCGACAAUGAACGAUGAACGAUGAACGAUGAACGGGGGAAAUCGCAGGAAACAAGAGACGUAAUUUGUACGUCGUGAACGCGUCGCGGGCUUCGACUCGUACUCGACAUUGCAUUUAUUUUCUAGCGAUCUUAACAUCGCGGUAGAAACAUUGGCGCGAUCCCGUCGACUUUAUCGAUGGCCAACGUUCCUAAAUUUCUCGAGCGUCGCGAGCAAUGUUCACGAUGCGAUCGUCGCGGGAUUUUUUGAAAAGAAAGAAAAAAAAAUUGUAAAACGCGUAUCGUAGUUUUUAACGAUUCACUAACGACUGUAACGCGACAAGUAUCGUCAUCAUAUCGAAGAAUUUUGUACGCGUAGUCGUAACCGACAAUCGAUUCGUAUAUUUUUUCGUUGAUUCGUUCACAGGGAAUCGCAACGAUCGAAAGAAAAAUGUUGGAAUCGUUUCAUCUCGAUUGCCGGUGUAUUUUUUCGAACAGGCGAAAAAAAUUGACCGAGUCACAAAAUACAUAGAGAGAUAUCGAUGAAACGUCGUUAACGAUCGAGUGAUCGUAACACGCGACGCUGUAUCAUAAUCGCUCAAGUCUCUUGUAAUUAAUUUAACGGUUAAGAGUGCGAGGGUAAAGAAACAGAAGGAAGAAAAAUCUGACGCGUUAUCUUGGUAAAAUCGAAAGCGCGCUAUAGUUGUUCGGUGAGAUUACUCCGAUCGCGGAGAAAAUAACCUUGUAAACACUGCCUCGGAUUCUAUCGAUUCUGUAAUAUUACUCGCGUAGGGGGAUGUAUAGGUGUGUGUACGGAGGAGCAAUUUGUAAUAUAAAUUAAUUGCGCGAGUUUAAUCCGUAUACUAUGUAUAGAUACGAGUAUAAUCCAUCCAGAAUGUCGAGUAACGAAGAAAAGUAUAAUCGACUAACCCGAAGAGAAAGAAGGGUUCGUUUCCGGUAGACCGUUUUAGAUCGAAACUCGAAUCGGGAUGCAUAGCGGCCACUUAGAAGCGUAUAUUUUAAGUAUUCGCCGUAACGCGGUACGAUAUCCUCGAAUUAUUCUCGCGUAGGUUCGUACGCCGAGUCCGCGACGAACUCGGUUAAAACGACUGGCAUGUAUCCACGUAUCCAUUGUUCUUCGGUAGAAAGAAGAACGUCGAAAUUUGUACAUAAAUUAGCACUCGAGAUUUUACUAUCCUACGCGACACGAAGAAACGAUCGAUGGUAGUUACUCAUACUUACAAUACGCAUACGUAGGUACCUAUCCGGAAAAAAAAAAAAUAGUUGGUUCGAGAGCGUAAUCUCGCGAUACUUUGGUAACAUUCGGUGUUACCAGAGAUACGAGAACACGGUCUUUCGCUUGUACGUUGAACCAUCCUAUCAAUUUGCGAGAAAAAGAAAAAAGUAAUAUUAUUUUUAUAGUUUCUCAGAUUUGCACGAUUGUUACGAUGGUUCGUACUGUUUGUAUCAUAACGACGCGUAAAACCUGGUCGAUUCGAACGAAAAUAAAAUAUAUCGCGUACGCGUCUAGCUUGUACAAUUUCUUUCCCAUAUUCAUAUUUUCACUUCUCUCUUAUUUUUUUUUUUUCUUCAUUUCAUGUUCUUUAUCUCGACUAGAACCUCGCGCUCAAUCUCUCAUUCGUUAGCAUCGCCGAGCGUCGUCGUUACGAUUACCGUCGCUAUCUCGCACCGUCGUCGUCGCAUUCACGAUCGCCAUCGCCAUCAGCAUCAACAUUACCAUUAUCAUUAUCAUUAACAUUCCUUCUGUCGUACCCCCCGUGAACGUCGUCCGUAAUUUCAAUCGGUUUCUACCUAAAUCGCUCAUCCGCUUGUUCUCGCUUUCGCAGUACGUACGUCCGUUCGAGACCGCCUGUCGAGAAACGGAGCACGGAAUCGGCCAACGAGAAACGUUAUUCUUCCGUUCGCGAAAGAAGGAAAUUAAACGCGAUUCAGACUGACUCGUGUUCGUAGAAUAAAAUUUCUUCGAUGAACUUUGUUCCGAAGGAGGAACAAGGAGAUUCAACGAAGCUUUCCUAAGUGAUUUCGUGAUCGCUGCCAAUCGCUGUUAUCGCAGUAAUCACGUACCGCGAGAUGUUCGAACAUCUUACCGAUUUUAGAAUAUUUUACAGUCGCGCGAGCGUGCGUCGACGUCAUAUCAUUAAUUUGUUCGGAUCCGAAAGACGUAUCUUUUUAAGUCUAAAUCGAAAUUCUAAGGCUGAGAAAGUGAUUUAGCUUAAUCUCGUUUACAUUUUGUAAAUAAUAAAACGCAUUUAAAGAAAAGACGCGAAUCGCUCGUCCGUAAGCGUUUUCAUAGGCAAUAACUUAUUUAUUACGAGACAAGCACAAACGGUUGUCGUAUUAUUCGAAAACGGGGACGAACCGACCUUGAAAAAAAUUGGUUUAUAAUAGAGUACGUAUACAGGCGAAGAUGCGCGCACAAUUGUAGAUAAAUAAAGUAAUAUUGUCAAGUAAUACGUAUACCAUAUAUGAAAACGAUAUACGAAAACGUUACAUAAUAUGCGAGUAACGGUUAUUAAUAAAAGGAAUAAACGAAAAGGA